CUCUGUUGAAGGUGAAUGUCCUCUCGUGUCAGUCAGCAUUUGCUGUCAAUGGCUUUCAUGAUUUAUUUUAUUUGAAUGUCUGGGCUUUUUACACUUUCGUCCAAAGCAACCAAUAAUGGAUAUUCUAUGGAUUUUAUGGAUAAUACCCACUGUAAUAGCUGUAGAAGAAACACUAAUGGACUCUACCACAGCGACAGCUGAGCUGGGCUGGACAGUCUAUCCCGUGUCAGGUUCCAGUGACAACAGCUGGGAGGAGGUGAGUGGAUACGACGAGAACAUGAACACCAUCCGCACCUACCAGGUGUGCAACGUGUUCGACAACAACCAGAACAACUGGGUCCGCACCAAGUACAUCCGGCGCCGGGGUGCACAGCGGAUCCACGUGGAGAUGAAGUUCUCUGUGCGAGACUGCAGCUCCAUCCCCAAUGUGCCCGGCUCCUGUAAAGAGACUUUUAACCUGUACUACUAUGAGUCAGACUCGGACACGGCCAACAAGGUGUCCCCGGCCUGGAUGGAGAACCCCUGGAUCAAGGUGGAUACCAUCGCAGCCGACGAGAGCUUCUCCCAGGUGGACCUGGGUGGCCGGGUGAUGAAGAUCAACACAGAGGUGCGGAGCUUUGGCCCCGUGUCCAAACACGGAUUCUACCUGGCCUUCCAGGACUACGGCGGCUGCAUGUCACUCAUUGCCGUUCGAGUCUUCUACCGGAAGUGUGCCCGCGUCAUCCAGAACGGGGCCGUGUUCCAGGAAACCCUGUCGGGGGCGGAGAGCACCUCUCUGGUGGCAUCGCGUGGCGUGUGUAUCCCCAAUGGGGAGGAGGUGGACGUGCCCAUCAAGCUCUACUGCAACGGGGAUGGCGAGUGGAUGGUGCCUAUCGGGCGCUGCAUGUGCAAGGCUGGCCACGAGGCUGUGGAGAACGGGACUGUGUGUAGAGCUUGUCCAUCGGCCUUCUUCAAGCCUAUACAGGGUGAUGCAUCCUGCAUGCAGUGUCCAAUCAACAGCCGUACCACCAACGAAGGAGCCACUAACUGUGUGUGCCGCAACGGUUACUAUCGCACCGACUCAGAUCCCAUCCAGAUGCCCUGCACAACGGUGCCGUCUGCUCCUCAGAAUGUUCUGUCCAUCGUGAAUGAGACGUCUCUGAUGCUGGAGUGGCAGCAUCCUAGGGAGUCAGGUGGUCGUGAGGACGUGGUCUUCAACAUCAUCUGUAAGAGCUGUGGAGGGGGCCGCGGAGGCUGCACGCGCUGUGGUGACAACGUCCAGUUUGUACCCCGCCAGCUGGGUCUGACUGAGCCCCGGGUCUACAUCAGUGACCUGCUGGCCCACACACAGUAUACCUUUGAGGUGCAGGCCGUCAACGGUGUCUCUGACCAGAGCCCCUACUCACCACAGUACUCCUCCGUCAACAUCACAACCAACCAGGCUGCUCCGUCGACAGUGUCCAUCAUGCACCAGGUCAGUCGUACCGUGGACAGCAUCACUCUGUCCUGGUCUCAACCAGACCAGCCCAAUGGAGUCAUUCUGGACUAUGAAUUGCAGUACUACGAGAAGGACCAGACCGAGUACAACUCAACCAUCAUAAAGAGCCAGACCAACACAGUGGUCAUCCGCGGUCUCAAAUCAGGGGCAAUCUAUGUGUUCCUGGUUCGCGCCCGGACUGUGGCCGGAUUUGGACGCUACAGUGGCAAGCUCUACUUCCAAACCAUGACUGAAGAGGAGUACAACACCAGCAUUCAGGAGAAGCUGCCUCUCAUCAUCGGCUCUGCAGCUGCAGGUCUGGUCUUCCUCAUCGCAGUGGUUGUUAUCGUCAUCGUCUGCAACCGGCGUGGCUUUGAGAGGGCAGACUCAGAGUACACAGACAAGCUGCAGCACUACACCAGCGGCCACAUGACUCCAGGAAUGAAGAUAUAUAUUGAUCCGUUUACAUAUGAGGACCCCAACGAGGCGGUGAGGGAGUUUGCUAAGGAGAUUGACACUUCCUGUGUGAAGAUUGAGCAAGUCAUUGGCGCAGGAGAGUUCGGGGAGGUGUGCAGUGGGAACCUGAGGCUCCCAGGUAAGAGGGAGAUGUUUGUGGCCAUCAAGACACUGAAGUCGGGCUACACAGAGAAGCAGAGGCGGGACUUCCUGUCUGAGGCGUCCAUCAUGGGUCAGUUUGACCACCCCAACGUGAUCCACCUGGAGGGUGUGGUCACCAAGAGCGCCCCUGUCAUGAUCAUCACUGAGUUCAUGGAGAACGGAUCACUGGACUCCUUCCUCAGACAAAACGACGGUCAGUUCACAGUGAUCCAGUUGGUGGGCAUGCUGCGUGGCAUCGCCUCUGGCAUGAAGUACCUGGCCGACAUGAACUACGUCCACCGCGACCUGGCCGCACGCAACAUCCUGGUCAACAGCAACCUGGUCUGCAAGGUGUCCGACUUCGGCCUGUCCCGAUUCCUGGAGGACGACACGUCAGAUCCCACCUAUACCAGCGCCCUGGGAGGGAAGAUCCCUAUCCGAUGGACAGCCCCUGAAGCCAUCCAGUACAGGAAGUUCACGUCCGCCAGUGAUGUCUGGAGCUACGGCAUCGUCAUGUGGGAAGUCAUGUCCUAUGGAGAGAGACCUUACUGGGACAUGACAAAUCAAGACGUGAUCAAUGCCAUAGAGCAGGACUACCGGCUGCCCCCCCCCAUGGACUGCCCCUCGGCCCUGCACCAGCUCAUGCUUGACUGCUGGCAGAAGGACCGUAACAACCGGCCCAAGUUCAGCCAAAUUGUCAACAACCUGGACAAGAUGAUCCGCAACCCCAACAGUCUGAAGGCCAUGACCCCGCUGUCUUCAGGUGUCCAUCUUCCUCUCCUGGACCGCAGUGUUCCAGACUUCUCCAGCUUCAGUACUGUGGACGAGUGGCUAGAUGCCAUCAAGAUGGGCCAGUACAAAGACAACUUUGCCAAUGCUGACUUCGCCAGCUUUGAUGUGGUUUCCCAGAUGACCAUGGAUGAUAUCCUGAGCGUGGGCGUGACGUUAGCAGGCCACCAGAAGAAGAUCCUGAACAGUGUGCAGAUGAUGCGUGCCUCCAUUAACCAGAUCCAGUCUGUGGAAGUUUGACCAUCCAGAAUGGAGCAGAGGAGAGCAGAUGAGAGCAGAGGAGAGGAGAAGAGGGGAUUGGGAUGCAGGGCUCUGGGUUCACGGAUGGAGUGGAGGUGUUUUUGCUUGACUGUGAAACAUGUCUUCCUACAAACUACCGUCUAUCCACGGUCCCCUUUUUCAAUCCCUCUCCUGUCCUCCUCUAUCCCCUCAUCCAAAGUCCCCAUAACCUUUCAGGAUCAGCUCUGAAGGUUUGUGGCCAGCAGGUCUACAUGACCAGACAUCAAUCAAUGUGGCCAACAAGGUUCCUUCUUGGAACCAGGAUCAUGAGAGGUUACUGAUCAGCGACACAUUUCUACUUCCAUCUUCCACCUCGUUUUUUUUUUAUGGUGAACUUUUUUCUUACAUUUUUUGGUUUGUUUGAUUUAAGAAUUUUGUAAAUAAUUUUGUAAAGAAAAAAAAGUUGAGAAAACUCAAGGAGUCUAUAAGUAUAGAUGUAAACUAGGUGAACUGACUAGAAAGACUACCCUUUAAAAGGGCAACAGACAAGAAGACAAUGAAAAAUGGGAGAUUUCAAGACCAUCACUUUCAAAAAGAAACUGAAAUAUUAUAUGUUGGUUUUUUUUAACUUCGGAAACAGGAAACAAACAUAAAUCUUUGCUGCCUCCCCAAAAGCAAACAGCAGAAUAGACUGAGGAACUUGAUCUACACUCCAUGGUUGACCUGGGAGACAAAAUAGUGUGAGCACCAUGGAAUGGACACCUUUUGGCAGAAACUACUACCAUGAACAACCAACUUAUAGCAACACUUAAAAAUAAAAACAAAAUACCUUUUCUCAUAACAAGUAAUUUCAUUUUUCUGUGUGAAAAUGUUGAAGAUUUUCUCUCACCAUGCUUCCUCUCACCGUGGGAAAGUUUAUAUUUUUUCAAUGAAAACAUCACAACCUGCCAAAUGGAACAUCCUCCCUGUGCACCUCAGAAGAUGUCAUGAUCCUGUACAUAUCAGAUGCACUUGACAAUGGGACUGUGAUGUCAUCACUAUGAGCCGGACAUAGUUACUAAGACCUGGAAGUGAUGGAUUUAAAUUGUUUCUUUGGGUGACUAGAGGGAGGUUUUUCUUUGUUAUUAUUCAUUUCAUUUUCAUUUUUGCAAAAUGUUAGUUGUGGAUUUUGAAGAAUCAGUGUAAUAAACAGCAAACACACAGUACUUCCUCCAUGGAUGUAUGGGAAAAAAAUGACAUAUUAUGGGUGUUUUCCCUAUAAUGUUUACAUAGGAGGGCACAUAUGUUUUGGUCGUCACAUUAUCUGCACUCUUAGAAAAGGUACUAUCUAGAACUUAAAAUGGUUCUUCAGUUGUCCCCAUAGGAGAACCCUUUGAAGAAUCCUUUUUGGUUCCAUGUAAAACCCUUUCCACCAAGGUUUCUACAUGGAACCAAAAGAGUUCCACCUGGAACCAAAAAGGCUUCUCCUAUGGGGACAGCCGAAGGAACAUUUUGGAACCAUUUUUUCUAAGAGUGUAGAGUUUACCCCCGUGUUUUAAACUUCACUCUGUGUGUGUGUGCGUGUGUGCGUGUGUGGCUAAAUGUGCUCUGUGUUACAAAGCAACAGCUCCCAAAGCUGAAGGGCUAGUGUUUGAUAGCAUGCUGAGUUAAUGAUUGAUUUCACAGAGCUUUGAUAUGUUACACUUUACAGAACACUGUCCUGUAAGCGCUUGGAUUUGAUACACUUUACAAAAUAUAAUGUGCUUACAUUAUAUUUAGCUUUUUUUUCCAGAUUCUUUUUUAAUUUAAAGUAACAUUAUAUUGAAGUGUUAGGGUUUUAACACCACAUAUGGUUAUCUCACAUUGGUAUGGUCACGGACAAAUAUUUUCACAACUGGGCAGUAAGUAACAUUAGCAUGGGAUAGUGGAUUAUUUUACGCAUAUUAUUAUAAUUAUUGUACAUCCUGAAUGAUGGGGAGCACUUGUGACAGCUUUUCCAAGUAGUCUAUUGGCAGGGUGUGUGAACACAGAUCAUACGAUACAAUGGGCCUCCAUGCCCUUGUGGAAUUUUAGGAAAUCAUUGUUGGUGCACAAACAUUUCUGAUAAGUGGAGUCCUUGAGGCUUCUAUUUUCAUUUUAUACACACAUAAUGCAUUUACUGUAUGGCUUCUGUGAAUAGCUGUCUGAUGUACGGAAAGCUAUCUAUCAUUGUCAAUGUCAUUGAGGCCGAUGUGUUAUUUGAGGGGUUGGGGAGCCUGGGGGGGGUCCUGUGUUAGUCAAACCCAUGGAUUCCCUAGAGAUGGUAAAUCACACAGUUUACAAACUCAGGCAAAUGAGAUCAGUACUGCAGAGAUGCUAAUGGAUAGAUCCACUGAGACAGGCCCAUUACUCGAUAUAGACUGAGGAGCCAGACAUGGAUCUCUAUCUGGGGCCCAUUGCUCAGACAUGUUCAUUCCUAGUGGGGGUCCACAGCCUGAUCACAGCCCCGCUGACCAGACAGUGAUUCUGUCUAUUUCUCCUCAGAGCUAAACACACGCCUCAGAUCCCCUGCUCUUCUCCUCCCACUGUCCUCUGUGCUCUGCUUUCUCAGAUCCAUGACUUUGUGACUCUGCAUGUUGUCAUGUUGACAGACCAGGUCUGUUUAAAAAACAGACCGAAUUUAUGUAGGCAACACACAACCUGAGGGCCCCGUGUUGGUCUCACAGCAGGUGGCUAUGUAAGCUGAGGUUCUUCUACAAAAGGUUGUCCUUCCUUAAGCAUCAUCAGGUGUCCGCUGUCUGUUUUGAGGCACUUUGCUGUCUGAACAGAACAGGAGAGGUGUCCUAUAUAGGCCUUAGUAUUUGACCCCUCAGCACAAAAGGAGUGAAAUCCCACCUUAGCUCUCAUCUGUCACUUAGUCCCCAUCUUAUUCCACCCACUAACCCAUAUGGCCAUCCAGAGUCUUUACAAACCUUGGGCAGGAGCAUUGGGGUUUUCAUCCAGCUUCUGUAACAUCAUCCUCCCUUUAGUUUUCUGUCAACAGUACUGUGUCACCCUGCAUAUUCCAGUGCAGACUCCAUGACAGAUGAAACAGCAGGAAGUACGUCACUCUCACUGUUAGUCAUUGCGGGGUAAAUUAUUCUGUGACCCAACUGUCACUGACGCCACCGUGCUGUUUCCUUUAAAAAAUAAAUAGCUAAAAAAUCUUCCUUUCCAUCUCAAAACACUUUAAUAUUUGAGGGCACCUCAGUGAUAUUCAGUAAAGAGUCAGCAGCCGGAGUCAGUCUUCCCAAGAUAUAGACAGAUAUCCCACUGUCAGGGCAAUUUCUGUUCAGGAAAUCAGGCUCAGCAGUACAGCACUAAUAUUUGUGCUGAAGACAGACAGACGGAGUCUUGUGUCACUUGCAAAUGUCUCCAUUCAUGCUCUCUGAGCUGUUUGGUGAUACUGUCAUAUUAAGGUGAUUAAGCAAGGGGUGCUUAAACAAACUAUGGUUCCCCAUGUGACGUUCAAUCAAAAUAAAGUAUGAAGAAAUGUUAUAAUGAUGAACUAAAACACACAGUAGUGGUGGACUCGUAUUUAGAGUUAUAGGAACGUCAAUAUAGGUAUUAAGAAAGUGUUUUUAUUUUCUUGAAUUAUUCUUGGAGGAGUAGGUUUGGUGUGUUACUUUGUUGAGAGAAUCUAGAUUCAUAAGGAGUUGAGUCAACACUUUUAUUGGUUGCUCAGUGUGGAGCUAUGGAGACUUCUGAAAGCACUGUGUGAAGUAUUUAUUUCUUCUGUAUCUGAACCUAAUGGCAGAAAGAAACCUUGUUUAUUCACCCUUAGUUCAUCCAGAGCUAUCAUUUGCUAUUCGUCGGAGAAAAAGCUGUCGUCCCUCUUUCUUUUAUUUUUAACACAUUGAUAGCCUCCAGUAGAAAUCUGUGGUACUGUUUCAAUGGCCGUGCCUUCUGAUAAAACCCCUUGGCACAGUGGUCCUUUCUGGGCCCAUUGUAAUGGACCUGUAGUAUGUGAUUAAUCGAUCUGAUGGGAUUAUGAUUGGGGGGGGGUUCAGAAUAGAUUCUGCUCACACCGUGAGGAUUAGACUUCCCUGUGUGAAUCCAUGAUGGUCAUUAUGCCACAAUAUCUCAUGUGAUGUCUCACUCAAUAGCAUAUGGGUUACUUUAUACAUAGAUGGAAUCAAGGAUAUUUUUACAUUGUUGAGAUUUUUCCGCUAGUUGAAGACGAGGAGAAGCUAAAAAGGUAUAAACACACACAUAGCUUUUUGUUGAAUGAUUGCGUGUUUUUCUUCCCAAGGCCACUUAAAUAACAGGCAUAUUCAAGACAGCAACUUUACACUUUCAUGAGUUUCCAUUUUUCAUGAGUAAGAGCAUAAGAGCAUUAGUAAGAGCAUGUCUCAAAUGUCUGCUCCAUUUCUGAAAAGAAGAAAAUGAAAUAUAUACUGUAGUUAUUUUUUAUGGACUAUGUGCUUCACAAACAUAAAAUCUUGGGCUACCAUCACUACAAUUAUUUAACAGUGCGGGGCAAUCUCCUUCAUACUCUCCGUUUUCAAUGUCCAGGCUCAUGCGACAGAUCAGAAAUAAAGGAGCAUAGAUGCAUUAUGAGUAAACAUUGAGAGCAGAAUAUAACUGUGUUUGUUUUGCAGUAGGGUUCUUUGUUUGGAAUAAACAAGAUCACUUGCUCCAGUAUCACAGAACUCUGUCCUCUGCGGUUUUGUACAUCUAAAACGCUUGUCUUUGUUUCAAUGGCUUGUAUCUGCAGAUACUGUUGAUUUUUCACUGUCAAUGCGCAUGUUAUUAACUAAUGCAUAACAAUCUUUUAUUUAUAAAUCAAAAUCAAUGUAUCUGAGAUGUUGUUUCAAUGCACUGCGGGCGCAAAGAACAUUUCCCCUACUGUAUUUUUGUAGGACGGACGAAAACCAUUAUGUCUCAAUGUUACAAUUACAUGACAGUGUGCAUAAACACAAGCUGUGCCGGCUCGUACUCAUUGGUCUGUGUUUGUGGACCAUCCAAAUAUGCCCCGAGCAGCAGCCUGCCUGCCUGCCUUUGUGGCAGUCAGUUCUGUGUGUAUAGAAAAUGGCUCCUGUGGAUAACUCUCUUACGGAAAGCGUCAGAGCCCCCUCUGCUGACAUGGUGGCUAAUAGCAGUCUAGUUGUGACAAAUUUCCUUGUGUUCCUUACGUUGUCUUAUCCCCCCACAUCCCCCUUCCUCCCCUAUGUUCUCACCUCUCUGGCUGUUGGUGAAGACAGGCUGAAGAUGGCCCUGUCUCCCCUGGCCUGUUGUAGCCCUCGUAGAACAGUGCCGGCCCUGACCACUGUGACUGAUGUGGGAGGUCCUGUAUUUCUGUAUAAAUGUACAUUGACUGUAACCCUGUGAAUGAUGUAACAAUUUCAUUAUUUGUAAUAUUGUAAUUGGUUUAUUUUCUAAAAAUGGAAAGCCCAACUUGACUCUCCUCAAAAAUAAAAUGAGAUCUGUUAUA